UCACGUGGGCGCUGGGCCUGGGCGGGCUGCUUCUCAGUGCGGCGGCGGCGGCGGCGGCGGCUCGGGGGACCGGGGCCUUUUGUUUGGAGCGGCGGCGGGGGGCCCCGGAGCGGCGAGGCCGGCGGCCUUCCCCUGCUCGCUCGGUCCCGGCCGCCCCUCGCGGGGGUGGGGGGGGCCGCCCCCUGGGCCGGGGCCUCGUCUCAGGCGCCCCCGCCCCGCCCUUGGCCCGCCCCGCCCGGCCCGAGGGGAGGAACCGGCCGGGCCUCCCAGCGCGGCCCAGCUACCUCCGGAGUCGCCGCCGCAACCCUCUGCGCGCCGUACCCGAGGCUGCCUCUCGCCCCUCAGGCCGACGCCAUGAAGAUCAAGGAUGCCAAGAAACCCUCUUUCCCAUGGUUUGGCAUGGACAUCGGGGGAACUCUGGUAAAGCUCUCAUAUUUUGAACCUAUCGAUAUCACAGCAGAAGAAGAACAAGAAGAAGUUGAGAGCUUAAAAAGUAUCCGGAAAUAUUUGACUUCUAAUGUAGCCUAUGGAUCCACUGGUAUUCGGGAUGUACACCUUGAACUGAAAGAUUUAACACUUUUUGGCCGGAGAGGGAACUUGCACUUUAUCAGAUUUCCAACCCAGGACCUGCCUACUUUUAUCCAAAUGGGAAGAGAUAAAAACUUCUCAACAUUACACACGGUGCUAUGUGCUACAGGAGGUGGUGCUUACAAGUUUGAAAAAGAUUUUCGCACAAUUGGAAACCUCCACCUGCACAAACUGGAUGAACUUGACUGCCUUGUAAAGGGCUUGCUGUAUAUAGAUUCUGUCAGUUUCAAUGGACAAGCAGAGUGCUAUUAUUUUGCUAAUGCCUCAGAACCUGAGAGAUGCCAAAAGAUGCCUUUCAACCUGGAUGACCCCUACCCACUGCUGGUAGUAAACAUUGGUUCGGGAGUCAGUAUUUUAGCAGUCCAUUCCAAAGACGACUAUAAACGAGUAACUGGGACAAGCCUUGGAGGGGGUACCUUUCUUGGUUUAUGUAGUUUAUUGACUGGCUGUGAAAGUUUUGAAGAGGCUCUUGAAAUGGCAUCCAAAGGUGACAGCACCCAAGCUGACAAGCUGGUCCGUGAUAUUUACGGAGGAGAUUAUGAAAGAUUUGGUCUGCCUGGUUGGGCUGUAGCAUCUAGUUUUGGGAAUAUGAUUUAUAAGGAGAAGCGAGAAUCUGUUAGUAAAGAAGAUCUAGCAAGAGCUACAUUAGUCACUAUCACCAAUAACAUUGGUUCUGUGGCACGAAUGUGUGCUGUUAAUGAGAAGAUAAACAGAGUUGUGUUUGUUGGAAACUUUUUACGUGUCAAUACUCUCUCCAUGAAACUUUUGGCAUAUGCACUGGAUUACUGGUCAAAAGGUCAACUGAAAGCAUUGUUUCUAGAGCAUGAGGGAUAUUUUGGAGCAGUUGGUGCACUUCUUGGGCUGCCAAAUUUCAGCUAAAGCAUCGGGUUUCUCUCUGUUCAUAAAUGUCAUUCAAGAGGAACUGAAAACCAGAGGGGUUAUUACUACGUUAUUUGUCACUGGGAACCAAAGGAUGAAAGAGUAGCACUAUUCCUGUUGAUUUUUAAGUGUCAGAAUGGUAAGCUGCUAUGUGUUGCCAUAUUAAAAAGAGAGCUCCAGUAAUGUGAAGUAUUUCUAAGUGAAAUGCUUUCCCUUCUGUAUAUAGCCAGUGUUAAAUCCUUAAAUGCAAUACAGUCUCUGAUUAAUGAGCUUCCUCUGAAAGAUUUUCUAUUUAUUUUAUUUUAUGUAGCCAACAUUGCAGUACUGUAUGUUCAAACGUGAAUCUUAAAGUCUCAGAAAUGUUUAUCUCUUGAAAAGAAUUGAUUCUGAAUAUUUGUUACAAGUCUGUUCUUUGUGUGUUUUGGUUACUAGUAAGUGGACAGUAACAUACCCUGUAUCGAAACUUACUGAAAUGGCAAUCAGAGAUGAUCAUUUUUAUAUGAUUUUAGAAAUGUUAAAAAGCAAUAUUAAUUAUUCAUUACUGUUGUUUUCCAAACAUAUCUUCUCCCAAAAAGCAUGUUUAUGUGCUCUUUCCUCAGAAGUAUAACCUUUUUCAAAUGCCAUAAUUUAAUUGAAAUACUAUUGUUAAACAUUAGCCUGAAUUUUAAAAUGAAUCCUAGAAAAUGCACAUAAUUGGUGAUACUGCACUUUUUGUAUUUUGAGUUUAUCAGAUAGUACAUUUUAAAAUGUUUUUUUUUUAAAUUGGAGGCUUAAUUACUUAUUUGAAAGUCCGUUCAGUGAGGUCCCAGGACUAUUUGAAUGGAGUAUGGCUUAUGUGUAUUGGUAGGGUUCUGUGCUCUUCUCUCUCUACCACAUUUAUCUUAUUAGGCCCAAAGUUAGCCAUUUCUGUUUAAUUAGGUCUGAACCAUCAAAGCUAAAGACUGUCUUCUACUGUGAACAGCAACAAAAUCAUUUAUUCUAAACGCAUGUUACGGAAAUUUAAAAGACGAGUUGUUUUGAAACUGGGAAUCUGAGGCAGUAUUGCAGAAUUAUAAAAGGAUCAAUGUUUCGUACAUUCUGGUAAUAAAAGCAUUAUAGUUCCAAAAUUUGUAAAUCCUUUUGCCUUGAAAUUUAUUCUAUAUUUUGAAGUCAUUUUUUAUAAUGUUAUAAAUUUUUUCAGACUUUUACUUCGGCAGUAACAUUUUGGAGGUCCAAUAGUUCAGCAAAGUUUUUAGAGACUGUUACUUAUGGUUUAGGAAGUUGAAAGACUUGGGGAAAAUUGGGAAAAACUGUUCACCUCCUUAAAUUACAGUAAAUCUGGAUGUACUUUGAAGAGCUUAAAACUUUUAUAUUACAGGAAGAAAGAGGUAUUAUGCUGUCUUUUUACACGACAGUUUUGCUCCGUAGAGAACAAUUUUCAAUUGACUCUCAAGAGGUGGUGCUUGAUAAAGAUAUUUCUCCCUGUAGUUUUCAAAUUUUGUGCUCAAAUACUUAAAAUUCAGUUUUCUUUCUCUAUAGACAUGAACAUAUGAAUAAUAGGAGUAAUGUUCAGAGGGAAAAGCAUGUGAAGGUAAUUUUUAGAAUGUAGAAUAUUUAGAACUUUGAAUUCAUGUCAGUCAGUGGUCAUUUUGAAAACCUACAAUGUUUAAACUUUUUCUUACUAAAUGUUUCCAUUUUCGUGACUAGAUGUUUCAGCCAAAAGCUAUCUUUUUAUUUUAGAAUUUUAUGAUUGGGCAUCUGUACAAGAAGCUUUUGCUUUUAAAUGAUAACUUCAAGUUUUAUACCUGUGGCAAACUGUACAUUAGCAGUUAUAGGUUUGGGGCUGUCAAGAAGGAAAUGGAAUGGUAAAAAUAUAUACAAGUUAAAAAAAAAAGUAUAUACAAGUUACUUUGAUCAAUACUUUGGUUAAUUUGGGACUAUGAUUCAUACUUUUUGUCUUUUGAAACUGAAGUUACCUGCUAAAAUGCAUAUAAAGUGAGCAACUAUCUCACCACUGUGAGAAAACCUCUUGGCUUUUCUCUUGUACAAUCUAGAAUUACUGGAGUAAUUCUAAUAAGUAUUUCUAAUAAGAACACAGAAUUGUGAUGAAGGCUGCCAAGAUUCUAGUUUUUUUAUUAUGAUCCCAGGAAAAUGCUUGUAUAAGCAUAGAGUGGUAAAUAGGUUUGGUUCUAAUCCCAAUCAACUUAAUGCCUCAAAGCUCUUAUGUUCUUGAACAGUGCUGUCUAAUAGAAAUAAAUGUGAGCAACAUGUAAUUUUGCAUUUUCUAGCAGACAUAUUUAAAAAGUCAAAAGAAACAGGUGAAAUUCAUUUAAAUUAUAUAUUUCUAUUUAACCCAGUAUAUCUGUGUCAUCAUUUCAACAUGUAAUCAUUAUAAAAAGUUAUUUAGGGGUUUUUUGGGUUGGGGGAUUGUAGCUACUUAGUCUUCAAAAUCAGUAUGUAUUUUACACUUAGAGCACAACUCAGUUUAGACUAACCACAUUUCAGGUUCUCAGUAGCCACGUUUGGGUAGUGGUUACUGUAUUAGUGUAGUUUCUAGAACUAGCUCUUAAAAAUGAACACUAUCAUGUUCAUUAAAACUUAAAUUUGAAUCUGGACUUUUUAAAGAAUGUUAGAGAGGGAACACGUGAGAACCUUAUUUUUUAAAUACGUAAAGAGGGAUGAGAAAUACCUCAUUUGGCCUAGUUUAUUUUAUUCAGACAAGCUGUAUUUCUGACCACUCCAAAAAGCAUCUGACAUUGCAUCCUGCCGUCUCAUUAUAGUAGGUAUCGUUUCUCUAAUGAUACUAAUAAAGUUGCCCAAGACACAUCCUGAGCAUCCUCAUCCGUCUUCAAAAUAUGUAUUUCCUUCACUGCAAUAAAUUGGAUGAUUCCAAAGACUUAACCCCACACACACACCUUAUCUAAUUGAACUUUUGAGAAGCCAAUUCUAAAGGACUAAAAAGAAACCCUUUUAAUUCUUCAUUGAGUUCUAUACACACAAGGAGAAUCUUGUUUAUAACUUGUGGAUUUAAUUUUCAUUUUUAAAAAUAACAUUUUCAAAUGCAAGGAUCACUAUCAGUUUGCUUGGGCGCUUGGUAAAGAACACAAGGUCUAGAACUUUCCACCACCGCUACCACCAUCCGUACCCCCAGAAGACUGCCUUUUAACCAGAGAGACUUUGAGAACUAAUGGCCUUCAGUUCUACACCCCGACUUCUCCAAAAGUCAAAGUACUAGUAGACUUCCUUGACUAUUGACAAGGGCGUUUCUUGCUCAGCUACUCUAGUUUAAAUAGGUGGACUCUUAGUUUAGGUAAAGUUAGCGCUAUUGCCAGUAAUACAUGUGGCAUCUUGACAGUCCUUCUAGAGGUUCAGAUUGUUUGCCAAAUAUUAGACUGAAGAUUCCUGAGUUUUUUACCUUUGCGUGCAAAUGUGAUUGUUGUAUUCUCAGUACCAGUUCCUGAAAGUCCAUUUCUGUAAGAAAAAUGAGGCAGCUCAAAGGGAAAAGGUUUUCCUCUAUGUCCAGCGGUACUCUUGCCUUCUAAGAGCAGUCGUCCAUCUUGCCUUGAAUCAAGGCAUCUUGCCUUGAUUUCUAAAGUCGCAUUUUUGGGUGGAAAGCUUAGCAAGGCAGUAGUUUCCAAAUGUCCUUUAUAACCACUCUGCUUGUUAUAUGCAAAAUGUUUCAUAUUUUGUUUUUUCUCUAUUGAGCACUUUAUGCUUUUUAGUCUGUUGCAUUUGAGAAUGUAGUUUAGAAACUUUUUCUCUGCUAAAGCCACGUAAAAACUGAUAAUCACCAGAAAAAUGAGUAUGUGUUAUUUUGCAUUUAACUUACUGUUUUGUGGUAUGUAUAAACAAAAUAUUAGAAACAUACUGCAUUUUUUGUAAUAAUACUCUUUGACCUUAUUUAACAUGAUGAUUUGCCAUGAAACGUCAAUGAUGUCCUAUUUUCCCAAUAAGUUUGUUUAUUUUAGGGUGUUUUAUUCUAAUAGAGAAGGAAUUCAGCCAACUUUGUUUCUGUCAUCAGAUGAUCUCAGAAAGUAAUGUGCUUUAUCAAUAUUACUGCCUGUUUUCAAUAUUUGAGACAGUAGCUUUAUAUUUCUACUGAGCCUAGUAACUGAUUAGCAAAGACCCCAAAAAGUGAGUAAUUGUUUUUCUUCCUUCGAGGUAUUUUAAUAGCCUACUGAAAAUAAGGGUCCCAUGAAAAGCAGGCCGUCCCAAAAGACAGGUCGUUGCUCCAUUCAUGGCGCCAUUUGAAGUGACGAGAACAAUUUGUUCAGAUAUGUGGCGUCAUGUUUUAGAGUUCAUGUUAUUUGUGUUGAUGUAUGUUGAGAGGUACUAGCUUUUGGAUUCUCACCAUAGAAUGGUAUUAGUUAUUCUCUCAUGUUCUGUUAUUGCCUGUAAUGGCAUACCUUAAAGUAAUAUCAAGGGCGUGUGUUUGUGUGUGUGUGUGUGUGCUUUAAUCUGUAGAGCUAUCUGGAAUUUCUAUUGUGCUCUAACUUCAAAAUUAUAUGGGCAUUAUUAUAACUUUUCCGUUGUACAAAAAGAAACACACCACUAAAUUUAUGGAUGUUUGAAUGUUAGAUAUAUUUGGGAUUUUUUUAAUAGCCCUUUUCUUUAAGCUGUUUCUUAUUUCUGAUCAUUGUGAGUGGGGAUAGAUGUGGGAUAAACCCCUCCUAGAAUUAUUGCCUUUGUCAUAGACAAUUCAUAGUGGGAUUGAUAAAACGCAAUUUUAAUUAUCUCGAAGUGAGUUGAAAUGUCGUGGAUUGUAGUCAUCUACAUCAAGUAUGAUAAAGACCUAAAAUACCUUUAUCCUUAGGAUUGCCUGAGAAUAAUCAGAUUGUACAUGUGUCUGAUAUUUCCAGCUUAAUAAAUGUAGCAGUGAGUUGAUGUUGGGACUUCAGGUACUACAGCUGGUACUGAAUGAUGUGUUUGAGAGGAAAUCAAUUUUUUUUUUCCUUAAGAAAAAAACCCAAAUCUUUACAUUCUGGCUUUUUGUGUAGUCAAAAGGCUAUUUCUCUUUUUAGAUUUUCAGUCUUUUUGCUGUAGCGACCAGUAAUUUUGUGUUUAAAAGAACUAAUGAGGAAUGUAUUUUUCAAAGGAGUGAGUAAAGUUAAAAUUCAAGGUUUUGAAUUGUAUAAAUGUGCAACUAAAUUUCAAGUCUAAGAUAGUGCUGAUUUUUUUUCUAUUUCUCAACAUCUUUCAUACAUCGCAGUACCUACAGUUCCAGUAGCUUUCAAAGAAAACAUUUCAGUUUUGUAUAAUUUGUAAAAUAUACAUAAAUAAUGCAGAUAGUUUGAGAUUAUUUUAGCUUUAUGUUGUGUCUCUGAAUCAUACGGAUCUCAUACCUGGCACGGUUGAUAGUUGUCACCAGUAUUAAGCCAUUUUGAAAUCUGCCACUUUUUUUCUGAGGUGCCCUUUUUAGUUUACUUUUAGAAACAAAAGAUAACUUUAUAGACCUAACAUUAAUAUUCUGGUCUCCUUGUCCUAAAUACAAUUAAUGGAACAUGGAUGUAAGUCAGGUUAAGAUGGUUUUAUCAUUUUUUUAAUACACUGUGUGCUUUGACUUUUUAUUUGAACUACAGUGAAACUUUGACUUUUUAACUGAAAUUGAGUGGCAUUUGUCUUAAUUCUGCCCAGUUACAGAUCAAAUCAUACCUAGAAGAUGUUUGUGUUAAUUUUACUUAUACAAGCCAUUUCCGUUUAAGUUGCCUUAUUCUAUCUAUUGCAUUGUUCUUGCCAAGUCUGAGCUCUGUCAUGUUGGAAUUAUUCUAACACUGAAUCUGUGAUGUAAAAAUGUAUGAUGUGCUACAAAUUUUAUUCAUAAUAAACUAAGUUAUAGCCUAUUAUAACCUAUAAAACAUUUCUUGUAAAUUGUCUAAUUUAUUUUUUCAUUUAUGUACAGUUUCUUAUGUAAAUUUUUAAGAUACUUGUUGUGGUCUGUUCUAUGAACAUUCCUGUUCUCUUUUCCUUAAGGCUUAUUUGCAUGAAAGAAACUUGGGUUUUGCUUGUUUGUAUUAUAUGGCCACUAAGCCAACUUCAGUACUCUCUACUUUCUUUUCUGUAGUUUAACUUUUUCUAGUUUUGUUCAUAUUCUAAAUAAAUGUUAAAAUCAUGCUUUUUAUUUCCUACUUUGCAAAUAAAUUCUAAGUUGUUUACUA